ACUUGCGCUUUGAAAAGACCACCUGUUGAAUAAUAACUGCGCCGGGUUGCUAUAACUAGACGACAAACGACAAAAGUUUGUAUAUCUCGCCUUGCUCCCGGACAUAUGACUGAAACACGGUCACAAAUUUAGAAACCUCGCAAGCAAGCUUCAGAAACUGCAGAUAUGGGCAAUUUUGAGUUAAUGGAAGGUAGCAAAGACAGUAAGUCUGACACUACAUCCAAACGAUAUGUCUACAUCACCGGAAUAUUUGCUAUAAUUGCCGGACUGGGUAUCGGUAUCAUCAUUGGUCGCUACGCAAUAUGCCCUGCCCAGUCAAAAGACGGGAAACCGGAAGUAGUACCCGACAAAAAUGGAGUCUUUUUGCCUGGAGUCUCGGAGGUGAUAAUUAAAGACGGUGAUCCUAAAAUAGGAAAACAACUUUUGGACGCAGUGGAUAACACACGAAUUGAAAGCUACCUCAAACACCUGUCAAGCAAGCCACACGUUGCAGGAUCUAAAAACAAUCUUGACCUUGGUAACUGGAUCAAGGAUAAAUGGAUGGAGUGGGGGUUUGAUGACGUCAAGCUAACGCCGUAUGACGUCCUUCUGUCCUUCCCCGAUCCCAGUAACCCCAACGUGGUGCGCGUCCUGAACGACACAGGCGGAGUGGUGUACCAGUCUCCUUUGAAGGAAGCUAACCUGACUGGCGAGGAUGACCCUGAUGCGCUGCCGCCAUACAAUGCUUACUCCCCUGCAGGCUUGGUGGAGGGUGACAUGGUGUAUGUUAAUUACGGGCGAGUGGAGGACUUUGACUGGCUGGAGAAGAACGUCAGCAUGAACGUCACGGGGAAGAUCGUAAUCGUCAGAUACGGGAAGAUCUUCAGGGGAAGCAAGGUUCAGAUAGCCGCGGACCACGGCGCGACUGGUGUCAUCAUCUUCUCAGACCCAGCUGACUACACGUGGAAGGGCGACCCACGUGUCUACCCGGAAACAUGGUGGCUUCCAGGGUCAGGGUCACAAAGGGGGACAAUCUACACUGGUGAUGGCGACCCGCUAACACCAGGAUAUCCAGCAAUCAAAACUGCUUAUCGGUAUCCUGAGAAUUCUACUUUCGUUAAACUACCUAAAAUCCCAGCACAUCCCAUCGGAUAUGAUAUUGCUGAGAAGAUCCUCAGUGAAAUGGGCGGAGAGGAGGUCCCGCUUGACUGGAGAGGGGGUCUGAACAUCACCUACAGACUGGGGGGAGCUCUGCAAAAGACAGGGUGGAAGAUGCAAAUAAAAAUAUCAACAAAGAAUGAAAUAAAAACUGCAUAUAAUGUCAUCGGUAUCAUCAAAGGAUCGACAGAGCCAGAUCGCUACGUGAUGGUCGGGAAUCACAGAGACGCCUGGGUGUACGGAGCUAUUGACCCGUCCAGUGGAACGGCCGCCAUAAUGGAGUCAGCCAGAGCCAUGGGGGAGAUGGUCAAGAGCGGCAAGUGGCGUCCCCGUCGGUCCAUAAUGUUCUGCAGCUGGGGGGCAGAGGAAUACGGACUUCUGGGGUCCAAUGAGUGGGUGGAGCAAUACCGGAAAAACCUGAAAGAGAGGUCUGUGGCUUAUAUCAACGUGGAUAUCUCUGUUUAUGGGAACUACUCGCUGAGAGCCUCCAGCACGCCUUUGAUGUACAGGGCAACGUAUGAAGCAGCAAAGAAGGUUCCUAACCCCAAUCCUGCCGAGGUUGCCGCCGGGCGAAAGACAGUGUACGAUACCUGGCUUCACAGCUACCCACUGAAAGAUGAGAAUGACGUUUCAAUGAACCUUCCAAAGAUAGGGGACUUGGGUUCUGGGAGUGACUACGCCCCCCUUCUUCAGAAGGCUGGGAUCACAGCGGUGGACAUGUCCUAUAUAUACAACACGCACAAAUACAAGGUGGACUUUUAUCCCUUGUAUCAUUCUUUGUAUGAGACGUUCUAUGCAGUGAAAAACAUCAUGGACAAACAGUUUGAGUAUCACCGCGCCGUGUCCCGAAUGGCUACAGAGCUUGCACGUUCUCUUGCCGACUCCCUCAUCAUCCCCUUCAACGUCAGCGACUACAGCUGGGCCCUCAACAAAUACUGGACUGCCAUUGGCAAGGACCAUGGGGAAAAACUUAGAACACGCAUAUCGAACUUUGAUGACCUCGGCUCAGUGAUUGCAAACUUCAGUAAGGUGGUUGAUGCCUUCAAUGAAAGAGUCGCCACAAUGAACAGGAAUGACCCUAUGGCUAUUCGGGCUGUCAAUGACCAGCUGACAUUAUUGGAGAAAGCGUUCUUGGACAAUGAUGGUUUACCAGGCAGGCCCUAUAAAAAACACCUCCUCCUGGCUGAGAGCAGCACAGACUCCUACGCCAGUAGUAGUUUCCCUGGCCUGGUUGACCUGCUGUUUGAGAUAGAGAAGGCCCCGGAUGUGGAUGCACGCUGGGAACGUGUCAAAAGACAUUUCUCCGUCAUUCUGUUCACCAUCGACUCGGCGGCGUCAACACUACGGGAUGUCAUACGAUUCAUUCCAGAAAAUGAAUAACUUCCUUUCUUUUCAUGCAGUUUUAAGUAAUAUUCGCUUAACGAUAGAAAUAAGGUCAGCAUUUUAUACAUUUGAAAGUCGUUGUUGCCAGUUCCGCUCUACAUGGUUAUUCUGGUUUUCUGGGUUGACGUUUUACCCUAUUACAACAUUGUUACCCAGAUAACACUAUUAUUCUUGGAUUUCCAAUGUUGGCCCAAUGAAGCGAAAACUUUUAGUUUGAAAUAUUUAAAAUCCAAGAUGUACUAUAGCUCGCCUCCAACUUUCGACGAUAAUUGAAGAUAAUUGAAUCCAGAAUAUUAUGUUCCAGAGGAACAUUUACUAUAAUAAUUUCUUGACAGGUGCCAGAUAUCCCUUGUCUAAUGGUGUGACAGUUUGAUACAGAGCAUGCACAUGUAGCCAUAUUCAUGAUUAUAUUUACAAUCCAUUAUUAUAUAUAAGCAUUUUCUUUUUGUAGAAAUAUUUUGCAAUGUUAUUUUCUAUAUAUUUAUAGAAUCCGUUCAGCACAAGUAUUUAGCUAUUUACCAUAGUGUUCUAUGUUCGGUGCACCCUUUGUUUAUAAUUUAGUUCUUUUGGUUGUGUUGUAUGAACCUAUAUAAUCUGCGUACCCAUCAAGCAGCAAUGUACAGCUGACACGUAACAUCAUGAACACUGUCCCUACAUGUAUCGGAUUCCUUAUAUUAAACAGAAGUGUAUUCAGCUCAAAUAAGACUUAAUGAUUAACCAGAUUCAGUUGUAUUUAUGUACGAUCGUUGAUGGAUAGUUGAGUGAUGAGGUUACAGAAUUUCUACACUUUCAUUUGCCCUUGGUAAUAAAGAUGUAUUGUCGAUAA